AUGCAAGCAGUAAUGUAUGGAGGAGGAGUCAAAGGCAGCAUUAACAGCAACACUACAAGCCUAGCAGGAGGCUUUAGAGCUGAAAAAAGCCAAAAGCAACUCGCAUCCGCCAUUGGUUUCAGCAAAAGAAACGGUCGACUGUGUUCUUCUUCUUCUUGCAUGACGAACCGCACCUCUUGUUUUGGAUUGCGUCUCAAUUCUGUCUCCUCCUCCAUGGGAACCGAACUCACUCGCUCCUCUCUCUUCCGCUCCCGCCCCGUCAAAGCUCUCGCUUCCGAUGGAGGAGAUGAGGAAGAAGUUAGGCCAAUAAAGUCGGAUGAAGAAGUUGGUUAUGUUGUGCCGACGCAGCAGGGGAAAGCUUCGACCGGAACGGUUUUGCCGUUUGUUGGAGUUGCUUGUUUGGGAGCUACUUUGUUUGGUUAUCAUUUAGGGGUGGUGAAUGGUGCUCUUGAUUAUCUGGCUAAGGAUCUUGGGAUUGUUGAAAAUACCGUCAUACAAGGCAAGGAACUCACACUGCUUGCUGGUGCUACUGUUGGUUCUUUUACUGGGGGAGCAUUGGCUGACAAGUUUGGAAGAACAAGGACUUUUCAGUUAGAUGCAAUUCCGCUUGCAAUUGGAGCAUUGCUUUGUGCUACUGCCCAGAGUGUCCAGACUAUGAUAAUCGGGCGUCUUCUUGCUGGUAUAGGAAUUGGCAUUUCUUCUGCUAUUGUGCCACUUUACAUAUCUGAGAUCUCGCCUACUGAAAUCCGUGGUGCACUAGGGUCUGUAAACCAACUUUUUAUAUGUAUUGGGAUUCUUUUGGCAUUGGUAGCUGGAUUGCCAUUGGCAGGAAACCCUAUAUGGUGGAGGACAAUGUUCGGUCUUUCAGCUGUUCCUGCUGUUCUAUUGGCACUAGGAAUGGCAUUUUCUCCAGAAAGUCCUCGGUGGCUUUUUCAGCAAGGAAGAUUUUCUGAAGCUGAAAAGUCCAUAAAGACACUUUAUGGAAAGGAAAGAGUUGCUGAUGUCAUGACCGAUUUAACUGUGUCUAGUCAAGGUUCUUCUGAGCCAGAAGCUGGAUGGUUUGACCUAUUUAGCAGCCGCUAUUGGAAAGUCGUGAACGUUGGUGUAGCACUUUUCUUUUUCCAACAGAUGGCUGGGAUAAAUGCUGUGGUGUACUAUUCAACUGCUGUGUUUCGUAGUGCUGGUAUUGCAUCAGAUGUUGCUGCUAGUGCUCUUGUUGGGGCAUCAAAUGUCUUUGGCACAACUAUUGCAUCUUCCUUAAUGGACAGACAAGGAAGGAAGAGUCUUCUGAUCACAAGCUUUUUCGGAAUGGCUGCCUCAAUGCUGCUGCUUUCCUUGUCCUUCACUUGGAAGGCCUUGGCACCAUAUUCUGGAACCCUUGCUGUUCUAGGGACAAUUUGCUAUGUGUUGUCGUUUUCACUUGGUGCUGGUCCUGUGCCUGCUCUUCUUCUUCCAGAGAUAUUUGCCUCCAGAAUUAGAGCGAAAGCAGUUGCUUUAUCCUUGGGCAUGCACUGGGCUGCAAAUUUUGUCAUCGGCCUGUAUUUCUUGAGCUUUGUGAACAAGUUUGGGAUCAGCUCUGUAUAUUUAGGAUUUUCAGGCAUCUGUCUUCUUGCUGUCUUUUACAUAGCUGCUAAUGUUGUGGAAACAAAGGGACGUUCAUUAGAGGAAAUAGAGCGAGCUCUUAACCCUGCAAUUUGA